UUAACUGUGUUGCUAUGACGUCAUGGGCACCUGUUUACCUUACAUUGGAGUGGGAACUUGAAAAAUGGCUAGUAGCAUAACAGAUAAUUUACUGCUUGUUACAGAUUCAUACAAGGUUACUCACCAUUUGCAGUAUCCACCAAAUACAACAGCAGUUUACUCGUACUUUGAAAGCAGAGGAGGAAAAUUUCCAUCCACUGUAUUCUUUGGUUUGCAGUAUAUCAUUAAGAAGUGGUUAACUGGUCAAGUUGUUACGAAGGAAAAAAUAACAGAAGCAAAAGAAGUUUACCACUUACACUUUGGUGAAGACUAUUUCAAUGAAGCUGGAUGGAAUUAUAUUCUUGAGCACCACAAUGGUUGUCUUCCUGUGAGAAUAAGAGCAGUCCCAGAGGGAUCUGUUGUGCCUUACAAAAAUGUUCUUUUUACUGUGGAAAACACAGACCCAAAAUGCUUCUGGCUGACAAAUUAUCUAGAGACACUCCUUGUGCAAGUAUGGUAUCCUAUGACUGUUGCUACAAAUUCAAGAUACCAAAAAGAAACAAUUGCAAGCUAUUUACAUGAAACAGCUGACAGUCUGGAUUCCCUUCCAUUUAAACUUCAUGACUUUGGAUUCCGUGGUUCAACGUCAGUUGAGUCCGCAGGAAUUGGUGGUGCUGCUCAUCUUGUUAAUUUCAAAGGAACCGACACUAUAGCUGCUCUUUGUGUUGCAAGGAAAUAUUAUGCUUGCAAAAUAGCAGGUUUUUCUGUUCCUGCUGCAGAACACAGCACUAUUACUACUUGGGGCAAAGAAGGUGAAAAGGAAGCAUUUUAUAAUAUGUUGAAGAAUUUUCCUUCUGGGAUAGUUUCCAUUGUAAGUGACAGCUACGACAUAUGGAAUGCCUGUGAAAAUGUUUGGGGACAACAGUUGAAAGAUUUAGUAGAAAAAAGGGAAGGAACUUUGGUCAUAAGGCCAGAUUCUGGUGAACCAUCAGAGGUGGUUGUCAAGGUAUUAAACAUUCUUGGUAACAAAUUUGGUACUAUCACAAAUUCCAAAGGAUACAAGUUGUUACCACCAUACUUGAGGAUCAUACAAGGAGAUGGAAUAAGUUAUGAAUCAUUAUCUGGCAUCUUGAAACAUAUGAAAAACCAGGGCUGGAGUGCUGAAAAUGUGGUGUUUGGUAGUGGUGGAGCACUUCUACAGAAGAUGGAUCGUGAUACUCAGAAAUGUGCUUUUAAAUGCAGUUAUGCACUCAUCAAUGGAAAAGAGGUCAAUGUGUAUAAACAACCAAUAACAGAUCCAGGCAAGAAAAGCAAAAAAGGACGUCUUACUCUAGAGUAUAUUGAUGGCCAGUAUAGAACUGUAGAAGAAGGAAAAGGGGACUCUAAAAAGGAUGUUUUUGUAACAGUAUUUGAGAAUGGAAAGCUGCUUAAAGACUACACCUUUGAUGAAGUGAGAACUAAUGCUGAAAUUGAUUUACUGAAGAAAACAUCUUAGAAAUAUUCUACAAAUUUAAUAAACAUCCAUAGAAAACAUUACAUGUCUGAAAUUUUAAUUUGUAAGCGUAAUGAAAAUACUGACAAUAAAAUGUGCACAACUGUUUAGUAUAUAUGCAUUACACUAACAUAUAUCAUGUCAAGCUAGAAAUGAGGAAGUGAAACAUAUGUCAUUAGUUAUGUUAUUUCUCAGAAGAGUAUACUCAAUAUUUUACCAUAAGUUUCAUAUUAUAUUUUCUUUUGUUAUAUUUUGAUCUUAAAACAUAAAAAAUCUGUACAUAUUAAUAUUCUCAUAAAGACAUUCCUUGUAA